UUCACCUUCACCUUCCCUUCUCGAUCGAUCUCAUGUUUAAAAAUUUUCCAGUAUACGUACCACUCGCUCGUAUAUUUUCAUACGCAAGCUAUAGCUUUCAUUCACUAUCUUAAUUAACUUCAACUGCCUCCAAUCCCCAUAACUUUCAGACAGUACUCGUUUUCUAAUUAUGACCUCCUUAUAGCUCCCUCUUUAAUUGGAAGUGAUGAGAAAUCUCAUAUGUCCUGGAAUGAGCUGCUACCCCCCAUAGCUGCUGCAACCUCCUUUGAACAAUAAGGGUCGUCAUCACAAAUUUCCAACUACUUAUAUUGGUGGAGUUUAUUACCAUGCAAACUCCAACAGAGAAAAAACCAGGCGUCUACACUUACGUGGGUCAAUGGCCAAUCUAUUCCUUGGCCUGGUCAGUUCGCAAUGACAAGCCUUCACGCCUCGCCAUUGGAAGCUUCAUCGAAGACUACAGCAACAAAGUCGAACUCGUCCAGUUCAACUCUUCCACCUCCGACUUCGCCACCGAUAACCGCCUCAUGUUCGACCACCCUUUUGCCCCAACGAACCUCAUGUUCUUCCCUUCUGAGGCGGCCACCAAUCCCGACCUCAUAGCGACCUCCGGUGACUACUUACGCAUUUGGGAGAUCCAUGACGACCGAAUCGAGCUCAAGUCGCUACUGAAUAGCAACAUGAGCAGCGAGUUCAACUCAGCCAUAACAUCAUUUGAUUGGGCAGAGUUUGACACUCGACGAGUGGCAACAUCGAGUGUUGACACAACGUGUACGAUUUGGGACAUUGAGACGGAGGCUGUGGACACCCAACUGGUGGCUCAUGACAAAGAAGUUUAUGACAUUUCUUGGGGUGGAUUCAAUGUGUUUGCUUCCGCUUCUGGGGAUGGCACUGUUAGGGUGUUUGACUUAAGAAACAAAGAGAGGUCGACAAUAGUAUAUGAAAACCCUGCCCAAGAGUCAUUGUUGAGGCUAGAAUGGAACAAACAUGACCCAACGUUCAUAGCCACGGUUGAAGUGGACAGCAGCAAGGUGGUGAUAUUGGAUAUUAGAUUUCCCACAGCACCAAUAAUGGAGCUAAACAAGCAUGGAGCCAGUGUGAAUGCCAUAUCAUGGUCGCCAGGCAUGGGGCACCAGCUAUGUUCGGCGAGUGAUGAUUCAAGGGCUAUGAUAUGGGAGGUGGUGCGAACCAGGUUUGGAUCCGAUGGGGCAGACGUCGAGCCGGAGGUGUGGUACGAAGCGACGGCUCAGAUUAAUCAAGUGCGGUGGUCACCGCUCGAGUUGGAUUGGAUUGCCAUUGCUUUCAUGAACAAGUUGCAGAUAUUGAAGGUUUAGAAUAAGUAACGUUGUAUGGUAAAGGUUUGACUAGCCUUUUCAAUUAAUUAAGUUACAUGGUAGCGCGGCAGCUAGAGUUUUGGAGUUAAGAAUUGAAAUGGAAUGGUGAUUUUUUUUUUCUGGAGGAAAUGAUAUUUCG